UUCAAUAUGCACCUUACAAAAGUAUCACCCAAAAAAAAUCAACAUGGUAACGACAAGACAACAUUACUUUAUCAUUAAAAACUAUAGGUGUGACCUUGUGCUAUUAUUAUUGCCAAGUGCCACUGCUACAGCACAGAUAGGAAAACUCAAAACCAUGAAAGCUAUGAAAGCUUCAUUGCACAUCACUACUCCAUUUGCUCUCAUUUCACCCAACCAACUACUCAAUGCAAUCACUCUUGGGGAUAAGUAUUUUGGUUUCAAAUAUAGCAAAGAUAAGAGUAUUGUGAUGACAAUGGUAGCCACAGGAUUAGGUAAAGGUGGUGGUUUGUUGGAGAAGCCUCCAACCAUAGAGACAACAUCACCUGGUCGAGAAUCUGAAUUUGAUUUAAGGAAAUCAAGAAAAACAUCCCCACCAUACAGAGUAAUGCUACACAAUGACAACUACAAUAAAAGAGAAUAUGUAGUACAAGUGUUGAUGAAAGUGAUACCUGGAAUGACAGUUGAUAUUGCGGUUAACAUCAUGCAAGAGGCGCAUUAUAAUGGAUUAGCAGUGGUCAUUAUCUGUGCUCAAGUUGAUGCUGAAGAUCAUUGCCUGCAAUUGAGAGGAAAUGGCCUUUUAAGUUCAAUUGAGCCAGCAGAUGGUGGUUGUUGAAAACUCAAAAGUUAAUGAAGAUAUCCUGAAUUCACCACAGUCAAUGAGUUGGAAUCGUCAGAUGAAGAUCAGAUAAUUUAUAGUUUAAGAUCCGAUCUUCAGUAAGAUAAUUUCGAUCGAUUGACUGUGGUGAUUAGUAUGUGAUAUUAACUAUAGGGUGCUUAAGUGUAUAUAUAGUAUAUUAUACACAUUUUUCAGUAUCCUACUUCCCAAACAUUAAAGAUAGUUAAUAGUUGAAUACAAUAUUUGUGAUAAGGCAUGGAAAUGUAUUAUAUAAGAACAUUCAUAGGCUUUUUGAUAUGUUGGAUUAAGAUGAAUGGUUUAAGGA